AUGCAUAACUUGUGUGGCGUCUUCAAAUUUUCUGACCGUGGUUUCUCUGCACUUCCAGAUGUAGCAGUCAGUAGCAGCCACCCCACCAGGGGGGUUCUGGAACAAGAUCCAUGUGUGCAGAAAAGGGGUAGAGGAAGCAUUGUAGGCGUAUGGGAUGCCAACACUGGCAUGGUCCCAAGCCAUCUGAGCCUUCCGACAGAUCGCAAACCUUGUUCGCCCUUACACACCACUGGCCUGGAUAGCUUGAUUGUUGGUGUAGAGAAUGGCUGGUGUCAUUUAGGCAAAAACGUAGCUAACUUACAGGACAUACUAUUUAUGUACUCCGCACAUCAUGUGAAGUCGGGGAAGCUCUGCAUGGCUGAUAAGGUAACAUUCCGGAUAAGCCAACCAUUACCUCGGGAUUCAAGCUCGGUCACUAUUCGUCAACUACAGAUCAAACGCCCGUGGGCCAGGUAUGCUGAGCAGCUCAUAGUUCGAAGCUGUCAUAAAAUCACUCCCUCUACUCACAAGUGCGCCAGGAAAUUUCUAGCUACCUUUUUAUUGUGCGGGACUGCAAUUCAUUUGUUAACUUCCUUCGCCGUCUUGCGGUUCGAUGAGUCGCUCUAUGAUACUGAUCGGUCACCGGAGAGUUUGCCAGGGCUCGACGCCUCAUCCACACCUGAGAAGUUUGACAGGGACGAAUAUGUUCCUCCCCACUCAGAGCAUGCUGUUACUAUACAAACUCGCUUCCUUCCCCUAGGUUGGCCUCGCUUACACGAAGGAAACUUUUAUGCACCGACAGACCCUGAGUGGCAAGCUUUUAGGAAAUUAGCCCUUGACAAGAACAAGCUCUCGGGGUUGAAAGUGUCUGUCGCAGGAGUUUGGCUAGAACACCGAUUCCCGUACCGUGCACCCCCUGUAUACUAUCGAUUUGGACUACAACUAUCUCCGAAUGGCCUCGCCUGGGUUUCGAAGCCAAUAGCUUCAGAAGACGGCGACUGUCUGCACAGAUGUAUGAGGCCGUUAUGUGUGGCACACGCAAUUAAGGAUGCUUUUUUGGUUCUGUGGAGCAGGCAAAUUUCCCGACUUAGCCCAGGCUUGAUGGAUGAGCAGAUGUCUGGGUCUUUUAUUCCUCUAGAUGCAAAUUUAUUGCCCUCAGUCUUGCAAGGAUCUGAUGGACUUGACGACGUUUCUCGGUCUGUGUCACAGCCGCCUCCACAGAAUUCCCAAGACGGCAGCCCAUCAACCAAGGACUGCUCCCGUCCGCAUACUUCAUUGUGCAUUUCUACGUUGCGAAAAUUACCGCUGCCAAAGCUCGGGCCUGAUUCUGACCUACGUAUGGCGCUCCUGGCUUUCAAGUGGCGAUUGAAUUACUGCUGGGCUCGCAACGUGCACACAUCUCGUCGCGGUGUCAUGUACUUUUCUGGUCCUGUUGGUAUACGAGGCCCCAGAGGGUUGUGCAGAGUGGAGGUGAAGGGAGAGUAUGAUGUUUCAAAGGGCACUUGGUCCUCGUUAGCAACCCUUAUGUCCAUUGGCUGUAACUCAGCUGGCUUGUGUAGACCACCAAUCCCAGAGCGUAUCAAACAACCUCAAUACCGUGGUAUCCUUUAUGGCCUCAAAGCCUUGUGGAAUACCGGCGAGGGACAUGGUUUGGUUCACGAAAUCCUUUCGGAGACCCCAUCUGGAGCAUUCAGCUUAUUAUAA